AUGUCAAGCGCCAAGGCCGCGUUGAGGGCCGUCAAUGAUGCUAUUCGCGGCCAGGACUACGACGGUGCCAUCAACAAUGCGAAGGAACUAUUGAACAAGGACCCGAAAAGCUAUCUGGCUCUCGUAUUUCUCGCCUUUGCACUGGACAAGAAGAAUCAGCUUGGCGAAGCUGAGAUCUUUUACAACAAAGCUACAGAGUUGCGUCCUCAGGAUGCCCAAGCUUUUCAAGGGCUCAUUAAGCUGUACGAAAAGCAAGGAAACAAGAAGUUCGGAGAGUAUCAAAGUGCCGUCGUGAGCUUGGCGCGCAUCUAUCACGAGGCUGAUGACCUGUACAAAGCCCAAGAUGUUGUCGACAAGUUUGUCGAUUUUGCCAAGGUAAACGGAGACAAGCUACAAUAUGCUGAUGCUCUGUGGAUUCAACUCCCCGAGAGCGCUCUGUAUUCCAUUUUGGAAGGGCGGCUUCCACACCCAGCAAAAACAUAUGAGACCAUUGCACAUAUCCUCGAGGAUUUUGAAAAGCAACGGAUCAAUACUCUGGUAGGCGAGCGCCGCACGAGGUUAGGAGCGAAGCUCAGUGAGGUGAAAGCCGAGGCCAAGAGGGAAGUCUAUGCCCAGAGCAGACUGGAACACAUCUACCGCCAGCUUAUUAACUGGACAAACGACGAUGAUGUCAGACGAGACUUUGAGGAGAAGCUCUUGCAGUACUGUCAUGACCGGUUGCUCGUAACCCCUCCUGGCCUGGUGAAAACACAGGAGCAAGCCAAAGUUUUUGGACUCGCAAAUGACAUGGUAGCCAUCAAACAUCCGUUCAAACUUGCGUGGGAUAUUGCCAUAGACUGGCAGGAUGGCAAAGACAUCAAGAGCUGGGACGUCGCACUGCUUCGCGAUUACUGCACCUUUUUCCCUAACAGCGACAUGUACAAAGUCAUUACAGCUUUCUUGACAAGUAACUUCUCGCCCUUUCCUUCAGACAGCCAAGGAGCAGGAAAUUCCAGAGCACCGGACAACAACAAUUCAAGUGAUAGCGAAGAUGACGAGGACGGUGGUGUCCCCAUCACCUACGUUCCCUUGACUGACGAAGACCGUCUGAUGAUGAUCUCCGAGGGCAUCACCGGCAGUGAGUCAGUGUUCGCCUACAGGCUUGCAGGAGUCUACUUCCUGCAGACAGGAGAAUACGAGAGCACAGUCGAGGUUAUGAGAAAGGCUAGAGUAUAUCUUGGCAAAGAACGGACCAAGGUUGGAAUCUCGUACGAAAAUACGGGCGACGCAUAUGCCUUGUGCCUUGCCACAUCGCUCGUUUACUUCCAGAGCCCCAGGCAUCAUCAAGAAGCCAAGCAGCUCUUCGACAAAGUUCUUGAACGAGAUUCGACGUCGACCUCUGCCCUGAUUGGGGUGGGCUUAAUUUUCGAAGAAGAAGAGGAGUACGAUCAAGCCAUUGAUUUUUUGGAGCGUGCUUUAAAGCGCGACGCCUCUAAUUUGCGUGUCAAGUCUGAGGCUGCCUGGGUCAAGGCGCUCAAGGGAGACUGGCAAACUGCUAGAGACGAGCUUUCCGAGUGUCUACCAACCUUGGAAAAGAACAUGCCUCUUCACAGGGAGUUGCUGGCGGACACUCAAUAUCGCAUUGGCUGUUGUAUUUGGAACUCGGAUACGAGUCGACAAUCUAGAAAACAGCGCAAGGGGGACGCCGCGUACGCAUAUUGGUUGAGUGCGUUGAGCAACAACAUGCAUCAUGCUCCAACGUACACAAGUCUCGGAAUAUUUUAUAGCGACUAUGCCAAAGAUAAGAAGCGAGCCCGCCGAUGUUUCCAGAAAGCCCUCGAGCUGUCGGCAGCCGAAGUAGUCUCUGCUGAGCGACUGGCAAGGUCUUUUGCCGAGGAUGGAGAUUGGGAAAGAGUUGAAUUGGUAGCACAAAGAAUCAUUGACUCGGGAAAAGUGAAGCCACCGCCUGGUUCUAAGCGGAAGGGGAUCAGUUGGCCGUUCGCCGCGAUGGGAGUUGCUCAACUGAACAAGCAAGACUUCCACAAAGCCAUCGUCUGCUUUCAGGCCGCUCUACGUAUCUCUCCGAACGAUUAUCAUUCAUGGGUCGGGUUAGGGGAGAGCUAUCACAGCUCGGGCAGGUACAUCGCGGCAACCAAAGCCAUUGUGAAUGCACAGGCUCUGGAAGAGCAUCUAGGGGAUGGCAUCUCCACCGAUGUAUGGUUUACGAAGUACAUGCUUGCGAACAUCAAGCGUGAGCUUGGUGAAUAUGACGAGUCAAUAACGCUUUACAAGACCGUUGUCGAGACUCACCCGAAAGAGCAAGGUGUUGUUAUUGCACUCAUGCAGACAAUGGUUGAUAGCGCAUUGACUUGCGUUGAAAAGGGGCUCUUUGGGAGAGCUGUGCAACUCGCAGCGGACACCAUUGAAUUUGCCAGCCAAACACCAGGGGACGUCAAGGAAACGUUCAACUUCUGGAAGAGCGUCGCCGAUGCAACUUCGGUAUUCGCGUCUGUACAAAGCCGCAUCGUGGAUUUCCCCGCAAGUAGAAUCAAGAAGCUUCUUGAGGAUACUCACCAGGAAGCUUUCGAACUGCUCGCCAGUGUCGACAAGGUUGGAACUGAAGUGAUAUCUGCCAAGGGUAUCUUUCCCAAUGACGAACAACUCGGAGUUGACAUGACACGCUGCAUCCACGCCACGAUUCUAUGCCACAAAGAAGCUAUCCACGUAUCUGCCGACAAGACACACGCACAGGCAGUGGCUCACUAUAAUUUGGGCUGGGCAGAGUACCGUGCCCACGCUUGCCUGCCGGCACAGAUGCGAAGGAAGCCUAGCAACUAUAUCACGGCCUCUGUGAAGGCGUUCAAACGUGCCAUCGAGCUAGAAAGUGGCAACGCAGACUUUUGGAACGCGCUGGGCGUUGUCACGAGCGAAAUCAACCCAGCUGUCUCACAACAUGCUUUUGUCAGAAGCCUGCACUUGAAUGAACGCAGCCCCGUUGGGUGGACGAACCUUGGUGUCCUCGCGCUUCUAUCAGGGGAUACUGAGCUGGCCGACGAAGCCUUUGCCAGAGGCCAAUCUGCUGAUCCCGAAUAUGCGCACGCCUGGCUUGGCCGGGCGUUCCUGGCCCUCCUGUAUGGUGAGGUAAAGGAAGCCAGGUCUUUAUUUACGCAUGCGAUGGAAAUUGCAGAGGCCUCCUCGGUGCCAACUCGUAAGCACUACUCGUCUGCUCUUUUCGAUCAUAUCUUGACGGCUCCCGCGAACAUGACGGCGGCCUCACUUAUCCAGCCCCUAUUCGCCCUGGGUCAGGUUCAAAGCAUGCUUCCCCAUGAGUAUGCCUUUGGCCAUUUAUCAUCGCUAUUCAAUGAGCGGACGCGGGACAGCGUCAGUGCCGUCAAGACGCUGGAAAAGCUGUGCGGUAUGCUCGAGGCCGACUAUGAAACAACAGAAUCCAGAACAAGUCUCGCAAGAUUCACAUUGGCUCGUACAGAUCUCGCAAGAGCUUACCUCGCCGCAGGGGCGUAUGCCAAAGCCAUUGAGUGUGGUGAAAUGGCCCUGGGUUUAAGCAGUGACGACGCAGACAGCGAGCUCACCGGCGAGCAGCGGAAGAGGGCUCGACUUUCAUCACACCUGACAGUAGGCUUGGGACAAUACUACCUGGGGCAACACCGAGAAGCCGAAACAUACUUUGAGGCUGCCCUUGAAGAAUCAGACCAUAACCCCAACGCGGCGUGUCUUUUGGCGCAGGUGUUGUGGGCACAAGGCACCGAGAGCUCCCGAGACAAGGCCCGCGAAACUUUAUUCGAAGUCAUCGAGAGACAGCCUGACGACGUGCAAAGUGUCUUGUCACUAGGCGUGGUGGCCCUGUUAGAUCAAGACGAAAGCAGUCUUGAAGCCGUAGUGGAGGAGCUCCAAGGUUUGCGCACAAAUGACAGUGUCAGCGCAACGCAACAGUCCCAGAUUGGCGAAGUGCUUCAGGCCAUUGCGGGCGUAGCGGAGGGCCACACACGUCAGGACAUGGUACAACAAGUGCAACAGGAUGUCAUGCUGUACCCUCACCUCCCGCACGGUUGGUCAUCCCUCGCAGAGGCAACCGGGGACAAGUACGCUGCGCAAAUGGCACUCAAGGUUGCGAGCAGAGGCAUCCCGCCGAGGGGUAUUUUGGAGGCCCAGGAUCUAGCAAGGGCAUACGCAGGGACGGGCAAGGCAGCUGACGCCCAGAAGGCCGCUUUCUUGUCGCCUUGGGACGGAUGCGGAUGGACAGCCUUGAGGGUCAAAAAUGUCUUGUUGCCAAGUAAGGGCAGUUGGAACAUCAACACGCGAAAGCACCAAGACGCAUGUUUAUUGUCAUCAUCAUCAUCAUCAUCAUCUCGUGGUCGUGUCGCCAUUGCCAUCGCCCGCCCCAGCAGCCUCCUUCAACCUGGCCAUCCUCCCACCCACCCAGGCCUCGUGCCAGGCUUCGACCUUGCCGCCCAGCAAAACGCACUUCUCAGGCGUCAACAGCAGGGUGCCGCGGGCGACGGCGGUCCCGGCCCUCAGCAGCAUCUUGCACCCUAUACUCGUCCUGCCCACGUCCAGGCCACGUAUCCUCGUCAACUCGACGGCGUACGCCGUGGUCCCCUUGCAAUCCUGCACGACAAGGCGAUGCGUGGCCUUGUUGCCGGCCACGAGGCCCGCGCGGCGCGGGCCCGUCGCCCCGGCCGUCGGAUUCACGGCCCCACGAUUCCCGUCCGUACUCUCGUCAUCGGCGUCGGUCACGCGGAUGAUUUCUCUUCCGCGCGUCUUCUCGCCCCUCUGUGUGGCCUCCAGCUCCUCGAUCUGCUCCCAGCGACUGAGGCUCAGGUUCUCCAUGUCGACGAGCUGCACGUGCGUGUCGUGCCGAAGCCUGACCUCCUUGACGCCGGCGCCGUCUGCGGCCGUGGGGAGGGGGCACAGCCGCGAGCUGUCGAGGCACGGGCUCGACGUGAGGUCGGCGGCGAGCAGGCGCGCCUUGGCGGUGGCGACGAGCGAGGGCAGAGGCGGUUGCGGCGAGCGGGCGGCGAGGGCGGCGAGGAGGGACGGCGAGGGCGGCGGCAGGCACUGGGCCGAUAUCGCGUCGGCCAGCUGGGCUGCGAUGUGCGUGGCCAUGGCCCGCGCGGUCGAAGAAGCACAGUCGAGCGAGCGUUGGUGGACGCGCCGUGCGAGUCCGAGGUUGCUUGCGCGCUUCACGAGGCUCCAGCGCUAGCCGGCGGCUGGGGUCUGCCGCCUGCCGCGAGGGGCCCGCAAAAGUCAACGUCAAACUCGACGGUCAGCACGCAUCGCAUCGCCAUGUCGACAAUAGCCUCCCCCCGCGACUCGCCCGCGCCCCCCCGUCGUCUGCCCUCCGAAACGCCCUCCUCGUCCGGCCGGCCGUCGCUGGAAGUCGCCCAGCCCGGCGUGGCGUCGCCCGUCAAGGAGCCGCCCGCCCCCGCCGGCAAACGCUCCAACCGCGCCGCCCUCCGCGAGUACUACAGAUUGCGCGCGCCGCGCAUCGAGGUGGCCGGCUCCGAGGUGCCCCCCAGCGAUCUCGACGCCCCCGACUUCAACGCCGCCGAGUACGUGGCGCGGGUCGUGGCCAACAGCGGGCUGGAGGACCUGCUGCGGCUGUACGCCCAGGUCGUCGGGGAGGUCAGGGCGCUGGACGCCGAGAAGAAGGCCCUCGUGUACGACAACUACAGCAAGCUGAUUGCGGCGACGGAGACGAUCCGCAAGAUGAGAGCCAACAUGGACCCCUUGAACCCCAUGGCGUCGACGCUCGACCCCGCCAUCGCGCAGAUAUACUCGCAGGCGUCGUCUAUCCGGGAAAGGCUGCGCGAGACCGUGCCGGCGCCCGAUUCCGACCAGGGAAGGCGGAGGGCGGCCGGGCUGAGGCGCCAAAGGACACGCGAGCUGGCCGUCGAGGUGCUCGCCACGCCGCGGGAGCUGAGGCGUCUCGUCGGCGAGGGCAAGAUACAAGAGGCCAGGAGGCGGUGGGAGAUGCCCAGGCGGCUGCUGUCGGUGUGGAGGGACAUGGGUGUCGGCGGCGACCAUGUCCAGACGUGCAUCGACGAAGGGGACGCCGUCCUUAGCCCGUCGCAGAGCAACUCUGGCGCUGAGCGGUAG